AUGGCAGGUGCAUUAGGUCCCCAUGGUUUCCCUCAACCAGGAAGAGGUUACGUCUUUGUGAGUAAAUUAUUAGGAGCGUCAAUGUUAUUCUGGAUGUUAUAUCGUGGAAAAAAGGACGGACCUGUACUUUUG